UAGGAAGUGCCGAUCAGUAGUAAGAGCUUAACAUGGGUAGCGACGUUAAGAAGUGUGUGUGAUAUAAAAUCCAAAUUAAGACUUUCGGCAUCUCGUCUUUGUAGUUGGAUGGUGUAAUGUCUCCGUAGUUACUUUGCAAAUGGUUUUCAACACCAAGGAGGUGUGUCUCGGGUAGAAAUUGUGCCUUUUUGUUGGUCGGUUCUGUAAAACUAGCUUGUUAGGUUUACGUCAUUUCAGCUGUACUACUGUGCUAGCUUAGCUUACAUUGGAAUUUGCUAGCUUGUUUGACAGCUUCUGUUGCUAAAAUUAACCAAGUCGGUAUCCAAUGUGAUUUAGGCUGCUUUUAGUCAGGCUUCAGCAUCUGAGUUUAUUUAUGCUACUCUUCAUAGUGUGAGUCGACUGUAACUUAAUGUUUGGAGAUAGAAUUAGUAGCAGCUGCAGCUAGCAGAUGGUUAGCUUGGCAACAACAAUGGGCUGUAAGAGAGAUUUGAAGACGGUGAAAAUGUUAUAUUUUGCGGCAGUUCUUGUCAUCGUCUUCGUCAAAGUAUUAACAGCUGAUGGAGAUCAGCACCGGAACGACGGACCAGAGUUGAAGUCCUACCAUGAUCCUGAAUCUGAGGAGGAAGAUGUUCGUAUUGCACCAGAAAUUGUGGCAGGUACUUCAGUGACUCCUCGUCACAAAGUCUCCCAGUCAGAAGAUGAAAAACAGCCACCUAUUCAGGGAGAGGAGAAAGAGGACCUCCCUGAACAGCCUCCUCCUGCUGAGGAGAAACUUAAAGAGGUUCCUGUGGUGAAUGGAGGCACAGCCCAUGGGGAGCCCUGCAUCUUCCCCUUCCUGUUCCAGAAGAGGGAGUACUCGGAUUGUACUACGGAUGGGCGGGGGGAUGGUCGACUGUGGUGUGCAACAACCUACGACUAUGACAAGGAUAAGAAAUGGGGUUUCUGUGAGACUGAGGAGCAGGCUCAGCAGAGGCUGCAGGCUGAGGAGGUUGAGGAGCAGUAUCAGACUGUCCUGCGCAUGCUGAAUACCACCACCAGGAAAAGUCAGAAAAAAGAUUUAUAUGAAAAAAUGCUAAAAGUAGCAGAGAAAGGCCACCAGAAAGCCAUUGAGAAGGUGGCAUACGCCAUGCUGUUUGGAGACUACGUGAACCAAAAUGUCACCAAGGCCAGAGAAAUGUUUGAGAAACUUGCAGUGGAGGGCUCACCUAAAGCUCAGAUGGCUCUUGGCUUUCUGUAUGCAGCGGGACUUGGCGUUAAUUCAAGUCAAGCAAAGGCUUUAGUCUACUACACCUUUGGUGCUCUGGGUGGAAACUUGAUAGCUCAUAUGAUUCUGGGAUACAGAUACUGGGGAGGAGUGGGUGUUCCCCAAAGUUGCGAGUCAGCACUAACACAUUAUAGACUUGUGGCAAAUCACGUGGCCAGUGAUGUGUCCCUGACGGGAGGCUCAGCGGUGCAGAGGAUCAGACUUUUGGAUGAGGUGGAGAACCCAGGCUCCACCAGCGGGAUGUUGGAGGAGGACCUCAUCCAGUAUUACCAGUUUCUAGCUGAGAAAGGAGAUGUUCAAGCUCAGGUGGGUCUAGGUCAGCUCCACCUGCAUGGAGGACGUGGAGUGGAGCAGAAUCACCAGAGGGCGUAUGACUACUUCAACCAGGCUGCAAAUGCUGGGAACACGCAUGCUAUGGCUUUCCUUGGCAAGAUGUAUUCAGAAGGCAGUGAGUUUCUUCCUCAGAACAACGAGACAGCUCUGCAGUACUUCAAGAAGGCCUCUGAUUUGGGUAAUCCAGUGGGACAGAGCGGCCUGGGCAUGGCUUACCUGUAUGGAAGAGGUGUCCCAGUGAACUAUGAGCUGGCACUGAAAUACUUCCAGAAGGCAGCAGAGCAAGGCUGGGUGGAUGGACAGCUCCAGCUCGGGACUAUGUAUUACAAUGGCAUUGGUGUGAAGCGAGAUUACAAGCAGGCACUUAAAUUCUUCAACCUGGCCUCUCAAGCUGGCCAUAUCCUGGCUUUUUACAACUUGGCUCAGAUGCACGCAACUGGUACUGGUGUGAUGCGCUCCUGCCACACUGCAGUUGAGCUUUUUAAAAAUGUGUGUGAGCGCGGUCGCUGGUCAGAACGGUUGAUGACGGCCUACAGCAGCUUUAAGGAGGGGGAGACAGACGCUGCUCUGGUUCAGUAUCUGCUGCUGGCCGAGCAAGGCUAUGAGGUGGCUCAGAGCAAUGUAGCCUUCAUUCUGGACCAAAAGGGUGUACAGAUCUUCAAUGAGAAUGAAACUUACCCCCGUGCUUUACUCCACUGGACCAGAGCUGCAGCACAAGGUUACACUGUGGCGAGGAUUAAACUAGGAGACUAUCACUUCUACGGAUAUGGAACAGAUGUGGACUAUGAGACGGCUGUUAUUCACUACAGGCUGGCAUCAGAGCAGCAGAACGGGGCUCAGGCCAUGUUCAACUUGGGUUACAUGCAUGAGAAAGGCCUUGGUAUCAAACAGGAUAUCCAUUUAGCUAAGCGUUUCUACGACAUGGCCGCUGAAGCCAGUCCUGAUGCUCAGGUGCCAGUUUUCUUGGCAUUGUGCAAGCUAGGCCUGAUUUACGCUCUCCAGUACCUGCAGGACCUUAAUCUGAAGGAGAUGAUUACAGAAGUGGACCUGGACCAGCUUCUUGGCCCAGAGUGGGACCUCUACCUCAUGACGGUCAUUGCCCUGCUUCUAGGAACAGUCAUUGCUUACCGUCAGCGCCAACACCAAAUUAUAGUGCCACCUCGCCCACCUGCCCCUGCACCCCCUCCUAGACCAGCUCAGGAAGAGCCACAAGCUGAGGCUGAGCUGCAGGCUCAGGAAGAGACGCCAGCUCGGGAGGAAGAGGAGCAGCAGUGAAGGGAACCCAGAGGGAGUGAGGGCAGUAAAAGACAGACAGGAAGCUCUGCCAACCCUACUGCUCCUCUCUACUUGUAAAAACCUUGUCUCCCAGCUUCCUCUCUUAUUCAAAAAUGAUGAAACCAAGAUAUUUCAGUUGCUUACAGACAGAGAACAGAGCUCGGAGGAUGACACAGGCUUGGACUGAUUAGUCUGUGACUCAGGACACUGCCAGAAACACCUGUGUCAUCACUAUGGAAAUAGUCUUUGGUUGCCACAUCAAAGACAUUUUAGGCUCAUCUGAUAUAAAAGGAUGGAUUUUGAUUUGUGCAUUCAUUUCUUGUCACGCACCCCCCACCAUUUUUUCCCCAUUUGGGUUUAAUUACACUGAAUUGAUCGGUUCAAUCCUAAUUUGCUGCAGUAUUUAUAUUAAAAAAUAUGAGAUGCAAAAAUGUGAAUUUUAGUAAUUUUGUUCUCUAGGUUUGAUCUAGUUGUUGAAGACUUUCAUGAUUCUGCAUGGGUUCUCUGAUUGUUUGCAGACUUUCAGUUUAGGCACUUUUUUCAUACGAGUGAACAAUUUUUGCAUAAAUUUUUGCUUUGCUAUUUUUCAUCCAUGUAUUUGUCAUGUUGACAUGUCAGGUUAGUACCUUCGUUGACCUGCAGUUUUUUCAGCAUCAGUUCUGUGAUAUACACAAGCCAUGUGCUGUUGUCAGCAGAGGAACAUGAAGCAUUUUAGGCAGUUUAAAUGACAAAACAGUAGUAAAUAAAUAGAAUAAUUUAACUCUAAGCAGGUUAGUAUUUGUCAUGGUUUCUAACAUGAACUGAAGUGAGCUGGUAUUAAGAACUUUCAUGGUUAAACUGAAUAAACAGGCUCUUAGAAAAACAUACAAAGAGCAAAUGAACUAAAACAUGCAUACACUGCAGAUAAAGUGAAAUGCGUUUUUUUUUUACUUCUUGAGGAAGUAUCCCAAUAGUUUGACUCUGUUACCUAAGCCAGCAAUUAAACCCAUCUUGGUUUAAUACAGCUUCAACUUCUGUGGGCUUCUCCACUCCCUCGUCAAAAGUCUAAAUUGGAGGUCCCCCUCCACAUUUUUUUUUGGCUCAGCUGGCUUUAGAUAAAGAGCCAAAUGAAAGCAAAUGAAGCCAUGGUUGAGACAUACAUUGUCCACAGCUUUUUAAUCUAAACUUUGUUCAGUUCUACAGUAUCUCGUUUUUUAAAAGAUAGAGAUGUAGUUGCCGCACAUCUGCAUGAAGUGUAUGAAGGAUAAAUUGAGAACUGUUUCCUGCAUUCACAUAUUGAUACAUAAAUGAUUAAUAAUUUGUUUUAUAUUAAACACUGGUCAAAGUUGAGAACGUUGCAUUUUUAUCACCACCUACAUGUUGACCAAGAAAUAAAAACUGUGGAUAUUUAA